AUUUAUUGAUUACAAAAUGUCAUUAAUGGAAUGCAUAAAAACGACGCUGAUAUUCGCUCUUGGUGUGCUGGUGUGUGAGUGUGCAGUUAGCACCAAUGAAUACAUGAAGAGGGAACACUCAUUGGUUCGACCAUUCCAGGGUGUUGGCGUCAAUCUUGCCAAUUGGGACUUUCUCGGCCAUACAGUGGUGACAAGCAACUACAUUAGGCUCACACCAGAUCUACAAUCGAAGAGCGGUGCCCUAUGGAACUAUUCGCCAUGUUUAACGAAAAACUGGGAAGUCCAUGUAACAUUUAAGGUCCAUGGCAAGGGUACUGAACUUUUUGGUGAUGGCUUCGCUAUUUGGUACACCAAGGAACGUAUGCAACCGGGACCGGUAUUUGGUAGUAAAGAUCAUUUCUCCGGCUUGGCGGUUAUUUUGGAUACCUAUAGUAAUCACAAUGGGCCACAUAAUCAUCAACAUCCCUAUUUGAGCGCCAUGGUAAACAACGGCACAUGGAGCUACGAUCAUGAUCGUGAUGGUACUCACACCCAAUUGGCUGGCUGUGAAGUUCGCUUCCGUAAUGUUAAUUUCGAUACACAUGUGGCGAUACGUUACGAAAACGAUAUUCUAUCGGUAUCGACAGAUCUGGAAAAUCGCAAUGAAUGGAAAAAUUGUUUUGUUGUAAAUAAUGUUGAAUUGCCCACGGGUUAUUUCUUUGGUCUAUCGGCAACAACGGGUGAUUUGUCCGACAAUCAUGAUAUUUUGAGUUUCAAAUUUUACGAUUUGGACACGGAUGUUACGCCUGAUCAAAUUAUUGCCCGUGCCAACAUUAUACCCAAUGCCAAAACAUUCGAACCGCCACGUGAACAUAAAGAUGAUCCCAAACCAAGCAUGUCCAAUACAAAGAUAUUCUUUAUUUUACUCUUUGGAAUGUUGGCAGCUGUUGCUGUGGCCAUUUUCGCCAUCUCCUAUUUCAAGGAGAAAAAUGCCCGCAAACGCUUCUAUUAGUUAAUAGCAUUAUUUAUUAUUAGAUAUUUGAA